UCUGGAUGCAUGCGAGCGCACACACAGCUCUGUUAAACGGACAUCUAUCUCCAUGCUGUCGAGCUUCAGCAUGUGGAGCGACAAACUCAUCAUCAUCAUCAUCACCACGACCACUUCGUCGGCGGUGUCGUUCAGCGGCCAUCUUAACUUCAACGUGUGCAUGUGGUGUGAAGCGAGCCGUCCGAUAUGCCGGGACCGUGUCUGCUCCUCCAACUGCUCCUUGUCCUCCUUCUGCUCCUCCCUACACGAGAUCUGCGUGGCCGUGUGGACGGAGUCUAAUGCAAGCGUGUCCGUGCGAACCAGGUGCCACAAUCCCGCACUGCCAUUGGACGGCUUGGAGGAGACGAAGCUUCUGCUCAACUCCACGUCCCACGAGUGUCACAUGACCAGAGCGGCACAGACGUUGCAGACUGCCCAACUGGGCGUGAUCUUGCACGUGUGCGGUUGCAGUGGCGAACACGAGUGCAACGACAAGCUCAUCUUCCGACGCGCUGCUAACGGUUUGCCUUCUGCGUGGGACAAAGAAGUGAUCCCGGCGGUGCUGGUCAGCCUGGUCCUGCCCGUCCUGGCGGUCGCCAUAGUCGCCACCCUUUACUGGGCUUCCAAGCGUCGUAGCCACAAAAGUGCCCGCCUCCGACCCUUGUGCCCUCCGAGCACGCUGGCCCGCCUGGAUGGGACGGGAAAAAACACUCCAGAGCUUUUCCGGGCAGCGGCGCCAUCUGGCACGCCCGGGCCAGGGCAGGCGGACCAGUUGCCGGCCGUCCACCUGGAAGAGGCGGUCGGCGGCGGUCGCUUUGCGCAGGUGUGGAGGGCCCGGCUGCUGGGUGAGAGUCCAGAUCAAGUGGGCGGCGGCUCGGUGGUCGCGGUGAAGGUUUUUCUUCGCGCCGAGGUAGCCUCUUGGAGGCACGAGGGCGCCAUCUUGGGUGACGCCGGGAUGCGGCACCGCAACAUCGUCCCAUUCUUGGGCGCGCAGGUGAGAGGCGGGGCCUACUGGCUGCUGCUGGCCUAUCACAGGCUGGGAAAUCUUCAAGACUUCCUGACGGCCAACGUGCUGGGCUGGAAGCGGCUGGUAACCAUGGCGACCGGCUUGGCGCGUGGACUCGCGCACCUGCACAGUGACACCCUCUGGCCGUCAGGGUCGCCCAAGGUGUCGGUGGCUCACCGCGACGUGAAGAGCGGCAACGUGCUGGUGAAGGAGGACGGAGACGUCGCUCUGUGCGACUUUGGCCUCGCCGUCAAACUCCACGCCGAGCUCACCGUGGACGACUUUGCCAACAGCGGGCAGGUGGGCACAGCGCGCUACAUGUCUCCGGAGGCGCUAGAGUCCCGCGUGAACCUGGAGGACGGCGGCGAGUCGUUCAAGCAGAUGGAUGUCUACUCCAUGGCGCUCGUCCUCUGGGAGAUGGCCUCGCGAUGCCACGUCGGCCGAGAGGUUCCCAGUUACACACCCGCGUUCACUGGCUUGGUGGGCGAACGUCCAUGCGUGGACGUGAUGCGUGAUGUGGUCAUCAGGGCGCGCCAACGCCCCGACAUGCCAACAACAUGGACGCGGCAUCGGGGGAUGAGCGUCUAUUGCGCAACAGUCACAGAGUGCUGGGACCACGACCCUGAGGCACGCCUCACAGCACACUGCGUGCUUGAACGAUUACACGGGCUCAUCAGGCGGGAAGAGGGACAGGAAGUGCGGCCAUGUUGACGAACGUCUUCGUCGGCCCGCCCCCUCCCCUUGGCGUGCUCAGCUGGAUACGGCGGAGGUUUCCCAUCAUGCUUUGGUUCCCGGGGAAGGAGGGGGCCGGUGUCAUCAUCAGGAGCGUCAAUAACAGCCGGCUCUUGAUUGGUUGCCACGGCAAUGCUGGAGAAGGAAGCGAUCUCUCCUGGGAUGUCCCGAUACUUUUGGCGGCGUGGUGACACGCGACCGAUUGUGUUGUGAGACAAAGUCACAUCAUGAGACUCUAUAUUGAUCAGUUAAUUCAAUUGUUUCAAUGUAUCUUGAAGGGGAAGAAUCCACAGUCUUGCACUAACAUCAAUCAAAAAAGACACUUCACUAUCUUCGUCACGACAAAGUAAUAGAGCGAUUUGCCACCCUUAAAGACAGACAGCAUUUGUUGACACUUGCGCCCACCGAGUGGCUGGCGAUUGCAGACGAUUUGAUUUGGAUUAUAUUGUUAAUGUAUAUAUAACAUGGCAAAUCUAACGGUGACUUUGAAUAUUUACUCAGUAUUGUUUUAAAAUCUGUCCCAAAAUGUUAAAAAGCAAUAACUUGGUCUGUCUGAUGUAAAUGGUUUAAUUUGCAUUCUUUUGGACCGCUGCUGGCGUGCUUGCUUGAGACGUAACGCCACAACAGGCAUGUCGUAAAUAAGGUGAGAGCAGUUGCAUUCAAAAUGAUUCAUUAUUAUUAUGUUUCUCUGUAAAAUCCUUCUUUGUCAAAUUCGCUUAUAAGCUCGAUCUGAAGUUCCUUUUGUGAGUGCUAUUCUCAGACUGUUGUAGGUGAGUGGUGUAAGUUGAGCCACUUUUCUUUUUCAGGCUCACGAGAGGAAGGGAGUGAACUUUUUGGGGGCAAACUAAGAUAGAAAUACAUAUUUUAGGAUGUUGCGACCCCCUUACAAACAAGCAGAUUCAAUGUGAACAUAACAGUUUUGAUGUCCAACAACGUGUGGCACAAGUUGCUCAUUGGACAAGGGGUAGGUUGAGCCCCUCCCCCCCUUUUUUGGUCUGGGUUUUAAAUUCAAUGUUUUAGGUUAUAGUCAUUAUAAAUGGUUUGGGUUUAACUACUUAUCUAUUAUUGAUUCUUGUGUAGCCUCACA